GUAAACUGCUGUUCAAUUAACAACACUCGCCUUGAACUGCAGGUGACACGAAUAGGAAGUAUGACGUGGUCCUGAUAUUUUUCCCAUGAAACACUUUGUCAAAAAAUGAAAGGACCCAUCAACAUCCUGGUUCUGGGGAAGGAAGGAGUCGGCAAAACAGCUAUUGUGGUGCGAUUUUUGACCGGAAGGUAUCUGAGUGAAUACGCCUCCAUAGAGGAAGUGACGUAUGAAAGAAAUGUGACUGUAGAUGAAAAGCAAGUGUCCAUUAAAAUAACAGACGUUGCUGGAAAGAACCUGGAUAGAAAGUCAUCCUCAAAAGAUUGGUUGCACAAAAUAGAUGGCGCUGUUAUCGUUUAUUCUGUAACGGACAGGAACAGCUUCGACAUAGCAGAAGUAGUCAUGGACUGGCUGAAGAAAGAAAAGAAACCGAAUCAGGCCAUCCCCAUGGUUUUACUGGGAAACAAAUGUGACUUAGAACAUUCCAGAACGGUUGCAAAACAAUCCCGAGAAGAGCUGGAAUGGCGAGGAGAUGGAUACCUAGUAACGGAAUGUUCGGCCUCCGCCAACACGGAGAACAUCAAACGCGUGUUCCACGAGCUCAUCAGAAAGAUAAGUGAGAAAAAAGAUUUGUCAUCCAAAGGACAACGGAAACUUUCUCAUGCUCCCGUUGGUUCUCCAAAAUUAAUUCGAGCAUCUUUAAGGAGACGUUUCAGUGUGUUUACUAGAGAGCGGACGUCUACCAUGUGAAUACAGGGCAUUAUACAGUCAUAAUACAUGUACCAUUAAAACGACUGCGAUUCAGUGGUCAGUUUGAGAUCAGUCUAACGAGGUCUCUGCCAUGCAUUUCUCUAUAUUUACAUUAAUUUCAUGACGAUUCAUAUUGAUGGGCGUACAUUCCAUUAAUGAUAUUCACCGAAUUCUUCACCGAGAAUCAAUCAGUGAAUUUUCUUUGGUAAAUUUAAAUGUGUGUGCAAUAAUUAUUGAUUUGUUUUAUUUACAAAUGUGUAGUCUUGUGUCAUGAACAAACUAGCGAGGGGAACACUUCCUUAGCUAAUACUAAUACCUGCAAUCCUCCAAGAGAGGAACUUUUCCGUUUGUGAUAGAAAUACCUUAUAUCAAGGUACCAUUUACUAUUAUGUCAUAAAUAAAUAAUAUGUUUUUUUUUUUUUUUUUGGUUUUGUUUUUACAUGUACAUGUACAUUAGUUAUUGAAAUACUUACAUGUAGUACGUGAAAAUAAAACUAGCAUAGUAA